UUGGCAGGAAGAUGUGCCAGAAAAUUUUAAAGUAACAUUUUUUAGCCAUGAGAAUUGAGAGGCUGAGGAGAUAAACAGCAUUUAUUGUAUAUAAAAGCAAUUUCCCUUUAAAACCUUUUACUCAAACCAUGUUAAGAUUCCUUUUCUAUCUGGUUUUCACCACCUCCCCCUUUGUAUUUUUUUUGUAGCUGUACUGAUCUGUUUUGUUUGUUUUGGUGAAACUGUUCUGUUAGAGCAAUCUCCCAUAAAAUGAGCAUUAUCUUUUAAUGGUGAAAUAUGGUCUCCCUGAAACCACAACUAAGACUAACCAGCUAUGUAAGUGGUAUUAAUAUUCUGAGUUUCUCGGAACAAAUUAUAGUACCUUUUUCAAAAAGUUCAAAUAAAAGCCCUAUCCUAACAGUGGCAGAUGUCUCAUGCUAACCUAGUAUAGCUUUUAAAAUGCAUCUCUUACUUUGUAGGAGCGAUAACAGGAAAACAGAGCUGUCUCUUUGACUCAUGUGCAUUUUCUGGCUGCAAAAAUGAAUGCAUCCUGUGACCAUGACGACUGAAGUUGGUUCAGACACGGAAGUAAAGGAAUCGGAGAACCUGGGAUCAAAUACAGCAAAGGAAGAUGCUGGGGAUGCAUCAGAUAGUCAAAAAGAGCAGAUUUCUGAAAUGAAAGAAAGUUCUCCCACUUCACAGGUGCCAGCUAGUCAAAGUAGCCCCAGUCGCUCCGGAGGAAAGGGAAUUUCUCGCUUCAUCCCGCCCUGGCUUAAGAAACAAAAAUCAUACAGCUUGGAAGAACCCAAAGAUGAAACAAAGAAAAAACAGCCAGCAGAAGAAAUGGGAGCAGAGGAGGGUGAAUGCCAUCUUCCAGAGGAGACCGCCCAGACUAAGGGAAAACUGGAAGACAUUGCUGAGAUUCGGCAAGAAGCUAAAGCAGAUGACAGAGAGGAAAAACAUUCUGUUUGUAGUGCUGAGACACAGCCUGCUAAAGAAGACAGUAAAGAAAUUGUUUUUGAAGUAAAAGAAGACAAACAAGAUUCAGAGGAAGGCCAAAGGGAGUCCAAAGAGGUGCAGACAAGUGAAAUAAGAAUUGAGAACGCUCUUCCAAAAACUCCUAAAAGGACCAGGACUGUCCAAUGUAAAGUGGUUCUUUUGGAUGGGACAGAAUACAGCUGUGACCUUGAGAAAAAGGCUAAAGGCCAUGUGCUAUUUGAUAAGGUGUGUGGACAGCUUAACUUAUUGGAGAAGGACUACUUUGGAUUACUGUUUCAAGACCAUGCUGAUCAGAAGAAUUGGCUUGAUCCUUCAAAGGAAAUAAAGAGACAAAUUCGCAAUUUGCCCUGGCUAUUUACAUUUAAUGUGAAGUUUUAUCCACCGGAUCCCUCACAGUUAACAGAAGACAUCACCAGGUACUUCCUAUGUUUGCAGCUUCGUCAGGAUAUUGCUUCUGGCCGCCUACCUUGUUCUUUUGUGACUCAUGCUCUCCUUGGUUCAUAUACUCUACAAGCAGAACUAGGUGACUAUGAUCCAGAGGAACACAACAGUGAUUACAUAGGGGAAUUUCAGUUUGCACCUAACCAGACAAAAGAGAUGGAGGAAAAAGUAGUAGAGUUGCACAAAACACACAGAGGCUUGACUCCAGCACAGGCAGAUUCCCAAUUCUUAGAAAAUGCCAAGAGGCUUUCCAUGUACGGAGUGGAUUUACAUCAUGCUAAGGAUUCUGAAGGUGUUGACAUCAUGCUAGGGGUAUGUGCCAAUGGGCUUCUCAUUUACAAGGACAGACUCCGAAUCAAUCGUUUUGCCUGGCCCAAAAUACUGAAGAUUUCUUACAAACGCAGUAACUUCUAUAUUAAAGUCCGACCAACUGAGUUGGAACAGUUCGAGAGUACUAUUGGGUUUAAGUUGCCAAACCAUCGGGCUGCGAAGAAAUUAUGGAAGGUUUGUGUGGAGCAUCAUACAUUUUAUAGACUUGUAUCUCCAGAGCAGCCUGCCAAGGCCAAGUUCCUGACACUAGGUUCCAAGUUCCGCUACAGUGGGCGUACUCAAGCACAGACACGGCAGGCUAGCACUCUCAUAGACAGACCUGCUCCGUAUUUUGAACGGACCUCAAGCAAACGUGUUUCCAGGAGUCUUGAUGGUGCUCCAGUAGGUAUUGCAGACCAGAGCCUGCUUAAGGACUUUUCUGCUACAGCUGUGGGGGCUGCUGGUGAUAGGAUCUUUGAAGCUUCCAGACAGUUCAAAUCAAAAGAUGGGGAAGGUAGAGAUGAGGAUGGAGGCAUAACUAAAAUGCCACAAUUAGAAGAUGGAAAGGCAGAGAUAGAAGAGGAGGAAAUUCGCAAGGAGACCUUUUCCUUGAGAAUAGAUGGGGAAAAUAUUUAUGUCAGACAUAGCAAUUUAAUGUUGGAGGACCUGGAUAAGACCCAGGAUGAAUUACUGAAGCAUCAGGCUAGCAUUAGUGAACUCAAGCGCAAUUUUAUGGAAUCCACUCCUGAGCCACGCCCUAAUGAAUGGGAAAAGCGGCGUAUCACACCUCUGUCUCUACAGACACAAGGGAAAUUUACUCCCCAAACAGAAGAGUCUUCCAUUGGAGCCAGCAGGACGAUUAAGAGUUCGCAUGAGACUCUGAACGUAGUGGAGAAGAAGCAGGCAGAGGUUGGGAUAGAAGAGACAGUAGUCACUGCCGAUACCAACAGAGGCAAAACACAACUUGUCUCUGGUGGUGGGCAAACUCAGAAGAUGGAGCACCUAUCAAAGAAUGAUUCUUCAUCGUUGUCAUCAAGUAGCAGCAGUAGUGAGAGUGAAGAUGAAGUAGGAGAAUAUCAACCACACCAACGGAUGACUCAGGGUGCCAUAAAAGAAGAAAAAGAAGAAAAUGAAGUUGUCAUAGAGGAGGGAGAACACAAUGCACAGGCAACAGUAUGUGCAGAAAUUUCACAAGAAGCCAGUCCAUUUCAAGUAACAGUUAUGCACAUACCAGUGACAGAAACAUUGGUCCAGGCGAAUGAAGUAUCCACCAAGACACCCAGAGAGGGGCACCCGGCAAAACUGGAUAAGCAAGGCCUGAAAGAAGAGAGGGUGGAAGAGCAGCUCAAAGUAAAUGGAGAGGCAUCGCAUAGUGACAUUGAUGUUUCACAGCAAAUAAUUUGUUGCUCCGAGCCUCCAGUGGUUAAAACUGAGAUGGUGACCAUUUCAGAUGCUUCACAGAGAACUGAAAUAUCCACCAAGGAAGUACCAAUUGUUCAGACAGAAACUAAAACGAUCACAUAUGAAUCUCCCCAGUUUGAUGGCAGUGGUGAUGCUGGUGUGCUGUUGAGUGCACAGACGAUCACUUCAGAAUCUCUUUCUACAACCACAACCACACACAUCACAAAGACAGUAAAAGGUGGUGUGUCAGAAACCAGAAUUGAAAAGCGGAUUGUUAUCACUGGCGAUGCAGACCUUGACCACGAUCAGGCAUUGGCACAAGCCAUUAAAGAAGCCAAAGAACAGCAUCCUGACAUGUCUGUAACAAGAGUUGUGGUGCAUAAGGAAACAGAUCUUCCGGAAGGAGGAGAAUAAGAAUUCUGAAGACUGAUUUGUGACCGAAGAACUUUGAUCAUUCAAGUUGGUGUCCCCACCGCUACUUCACUGACUCCACCAAGCCUGGUGACAAUGACCAGACAUCUCCAGAACAAAUUGCCGACACCAAAACUUCUCUGGUCCUUUACCAUAUAUGUCUUUUAUUUUUAUAACCACUUCUUAACAUUCUUGGCUUUUUAUGAGGUUUAGAGAUUUAUUAUUUUUUUCCACAUCUCCCUGACAUUUUAUAUAACUGAUUUCUUGUUUGCAUGAAAGUGAACAAUAUUUAGUAAGCACUUUUCACUUUGGCAAGUGCAGGAAGGAGAGAACCUUUCACUAAGUCUUUUCAAGAUGUUUCCAAAUAAAGCCUCUCAAUGGGAUAACAGCUUUUUUUUCGGAUUAUUCAGGUAAAUAAAACAUCAAAUAAUAUAAGAAAUACAUUAUCUUGUAUUAAAAGAAAAUACAAAGCUUUCAUAUGACCUGGUGGGGGAAAUAAAUUAAUAUUUGUAUGGAUGUUGCACAAACUUCUUAUAGUCUCUUCUGAGGAUCUCCCACUUUCUGAAGGGAACUGGUGCUGGUAUACUAUAGAAGAGAUAGUUAUAAAGAUGUUUCUAUUGACUGAGCGCUGUUUUAGUAACCUCUCUACACUUCAGUGCCAUUGUUCAAUUUCUUCGUGGACACUUUGGUCUGCAACAUUCCAGACAGGAUAGGAAGGACUUUGCUCUCUUUCCUUCUGACAAAGAUAAUCCAGGCAGCUUAAAACCUUAGUGCUUUUCUCUUAACAUGUUAAAUGUCAAACACUUUGAUUAUAUGAAUACAUGUGCAGGAUGCUUGCAUUACAUAACUCAUUGUCUACCUGUUAGAACUGACACGUCUGUUGAGCAGUUGUCUUUAAGUAGUUCGCCUGAUGUCUUGUACAGGUUUUCAGGACAUUGAGGAACUAGGGGGGCAGCCAAGGACCCAUUGUAAGUAGUAUGGGAACCAACUCUGUUGAGUGAGGCUGCUAGUCACUGAGGAGGUCUAUAUGAAAACCUGCUAACUGUCUCUCUCCCACAUACUUCACUGUUCACCUUGUGUAUAGUUAAGAUGCCAUAUUAAAUUUAUAGCAGCUUGAGGUUGUAUUAAGUGAUAUUUUGCUUUCUGUAAUACUGUUAUAAAAUAAAGUUUGUUUAUUCUCUAAA